GCAGGAAAAAAACCCAAAGAUUGACAACCGAUCUUGCAGAUGAAACCGACAUGAGCAACAGAAGGGGGCAGGUGUUGAGCGGCGGGGGCAAAAAAGGGGCGUCCAGGGUUAGGGUUUAUGUCCCGUGCUGGCUCUCUUUGUAACACAGGAAUAGAGGAAGUUACGAUGGCCGCUCAGAAGCAAGUUUCGGAGGCGAUCACAGGGGAAGACACCCACAGUUUGCAUAGUCCGCGCCAAGUUGUGAGGCAGUACGCUGAAAAGGCGGCCAGUACUGUGGCCGUGGCUGCGCACUCCAAGCACCGACAGAUAAAUAGAAUCGACCCGACAGACUUGCAAGACUUCCUCUCUGCACCACUCAUCAGAUCACUGAGCGCCGACGAGACAAGAAAAAGAGAGAGCAUGACCGUGCCAGUCGCAGGAAAGGCGUACUUUGGCUAUGGCAGCAAUCUCUGGCGGGAGCAGAUGGCCCUUCGCUGCCCUGCCUCGCCAUUCGUCGGCGUAGGACGGCUGCGGGGUUAUCGGUGGUUCAUCAACAGGCGCGGCUACGCCAACAUCAAGGAGACGGGUGUCGAAACGGACGAAGUGUGGGGUCUCGUGUACCAGCUCGUGCCGGCCGACGAGGCCCGCCUCGACAAGAACGAGGGCGUGCCCCACGCCUACCGCAAGCGCAUGAUCCCGGUCGAGUUUUCGGCCGCCAAUCAGACGACCGCCGAGACGCUCACCACCUCCCGGGACAUGCUAGUCUAUAUCGACUCUAAGAGAACGUCGGAAAACCACCGCCCCAAGGACGAGUACGUGCACCGCCUGAACAGUGGCAUCGACGAUGCGCUCUACGAAGGCGUGCCCCCAAGCUACGUCGACCACGUCCUGCGCAAGUACAUCCCCACCGAGGAGGAUGCCGAGGCCGGCCUGAUGGGUUUUAUGGAGGGACUGUCGGACUGAGGGAUCGGGCGCGGCAACCAGCAAAACGAAGGAGGACGGGAUUGUACGAAAAGCUGUACCAACAAGAGAUAUUUCCCAACCCAAUACAUAAAGCCCCUUCCUGUCAAUUGCGCAAGCCAGCUGGAUCUGCCAUGACGGCUCGUGAUUGAUGUUUUUAGACCAUAAGGUUGCGGAAGAGAGCCCGUUGAUCUUUGGUAGGUUAGGUGCCCGCAAGCGAAAGGUAAACCGCCUUAUGACCCCGCAGCACGACCCGGCCCCACUAAUAAGUACGCCCCGUAUUGACAAUUGGAGGGGUCCCUUGUGCAGCGUAGUGCAGCAGCCUUCAACGUCUCGUGCUGG